GUGCGUGAGAUCCUAGGCCUGCUGCGUCCGUGCAGCCUGCACGUGGUGUUGUGUGUGCGUCCCACCGCGGCGGCCCCCCGAGCCCUCCCCACGGCAGCGCCCCCCCCGAGCCCUCCCUUCCAUCCUGAAGUCGUCGCGCGGCAGCUGAGGACGCUGGGGGUGGUCGCCAUGGCGCGCGCUCGUCGCCACGGAUACGCGGCACGCGUCCCCAUCCCAGAGUUCCUGCAGAGGUACGCCGAGCUGACGGCACUGGUGUGGAGUGCACGGAGACCCGGGCAGCGAGACGCUGACGCGUGCCAGGCAGUGCUACAGGUGGCAAAGCUCCAGGGCUGGCAGGUGGGAGUGUCGCGUGUGCUGCUCAAGUACUGGCAGGGCGACCACCUCGCUGCACUCUGCCUGCAGCUGAGACGCAAGAUCGUCAUCUGCCAGCAGGCGGUGCGCCGGUUUGUGCACUGGCGGCGCCGCUGCCGCACAAUGAGUGUGCACCGGCAGGAGGCGGUGGUGACACGCGAGUUUGUGACAGGCGUGGAGGACGCGUGCCUGCGUGUCUACGACUCGCUCGUCAUCCAGAACGCCUCAGACAUCGCGCGUGAGAGUGACCGCCUGCGCUCCGAGACGCACCGCGCCUAUCUGCGGGAUAAGCUUCAGCGGUGGCGCCGCGAGGAGGAGACGCGGCAGCGAGCGUCGUCUCCGCUCUCCCCCGCUAGAGAGCCGGCGCCCCCAUGGGGUCCCCUUCCCGACGACGCAGGGACCGUCGUCGCCCGGCAACCGUUGCCGCGGCAACGUGCAGAGUUGGAUGGCGGCGAUGGCGAAGUGGGGACCGUGGUUGCACGGCAACCGUUUCCAUGGCAACACGGGGACGAGGAGGAGGAGGAGGCGAUGAUGAUGAUGCAAGGGUGUCAGAGGGAGGAGCGUGAGGCCACGCCCACCCCAGCAUCUCCAAUGCCAAGGCGACGUGCGGAGGAGGGAGGUGGGUCCCCGUUACCACGGCGACGGGCGGAGGAGGGGGGCGGGUCCCCGUCACCAAGGAGACAAGCCCCUCCCCCCAAGCCCAAGAGGGAUCCCGGCACCAGGCUCAGCCAAUCGACGGAGGCCGUGAGCGGAGGCUCUGCCCCCGAGGAGCCAGCCAGGAGCCCUGCUGAGAACGGCGCAGGAUCGGGGAAGCCGCGGCCACACAGCGACGAGUUCUGCUCCAUCAAGAAGCAGCCGCCUCCCAAGCCCAAGCGACACCCGGAGACGCGGCUCAGCAGCUCCCAUGAGGACAUGCGCCGGCGCGCCGGAAGCGCCGGUGCCGAGAUGGAGCGGGCGCGCUCCUCCUCCUCCGCCGCCACCACCGUGCCUGCGCGUGACUCCCAGCUGCUCCUCCACCAGCAGCACCGGCAGCAGCAGCAGCCUCACAAGCAUCCCCAUCAUCAUCAGCAGCAGAAUCACCAUCAGCUAGCUGCCGCUGUGGCAAGUUGCCCGUCGGUAACGGCGCUGAGAGAUCAAAAAUCUGGUCGCUCGUCCCCUCCAAUGCCAUGUAGUACCAGCGGCCGUCGCUUUGCGGAACUGGAGCAGGCGGCCCGGCACAGUGACAGUGCCGGUGACGGUGAGGAGGAUGAGGAGCCGGUGUACGCCGAAAUGCUGUGCGUCGCCGCGCCGACAGACGGGAACGGCAAGGGCGGCGCCAUCGCCCUCGCCGAUGGUGCCUGCGACGAUGACGACAACGAUGACGAUGAAGAGGGAGAUGGAAUCUAUGAGGAGAUGCGGUUCGUGGCGCCAGAUGAUGGGCCAGCGCCGGAGUCAGCGGAGGCCAGCGCGAUCCCGGCGCCGUUCCCAGACCUGCCCCCAUACCGCCCGCCCCUGCUCGUGUUCCCGCCGGCACCGACGCGCUGCUCGCCCAACUCGGAUGAGUCCCCGCUCACGCCCAUCGAGGUGACGCGGCUCCUGCAGCUUGAGAGCACGGGCAAGGGGCGAGCCGAGCAGCAGCAGCGGGGGAGGGAGCACAGGACUAAACACCACCACAACCACCAUCAGAAGCACCACAACAACCACAGGCAACAGCAGCAGAGUCACGCGGCGGUGGCGAUCGCCGCAGACCCUCGAGGCGGCGUGCGCCGUCUCGGUAAGUCAUCGUCACUCCCGGCGAUGGAGCCGCCGGUGCGGCCGCCACCACUGCAGCCACGGCCAGGCCCAACGAAGAGCCGCUCACCCUCACCAGCACCGGUGGGCCCAGGAGGCUGGAGACUGGGCAGCUCCUCGUGACCUCCGUGACCACCACCACCAUCAUCCAUGACCCCCUUGAGUGGAUGCUGUGGGUGGGCUGUGGACCCGCCCCCCACCUCCCGUCUCCCCCCCCCCCGCCCCUGUUCUUCAGCUCCCGCAGGAGCCGUGAACGCUUCGAGAGGCAGAACUCACGAGUAUCGGUUUUAGAGACUGCAGCUGCUGCUGCGUCCCCUGACUCUCACAACCACCACCAAUGCAGCCGCCGUUCGCCACUAAGUGACGACGACGUCACCGCGGCGCCUGUGCCAGGCCUGAGAUCACCGGUAGAUGCACUAGCUGCACCAGCUGUACCGCCUACUUUCCGCAACAAUCACCACCACAACCACCGCGACCAACAGCAAACACACUGCCUGGAGCCCACACUUGGCAAUGCUAUGGUAACGACUACCGUCGCCUGUACCGGGCGUCACCACUACUUGCUACUGCUGCAGCCGCUGCUGCCGUGACCGCCACCCCGCCUACUGCAAGCAGGAGCCGCCGUACGUUUCCUCCUGGUGGCUUUGGUGGGUUUGGGGGAUUCUUCACCGGGUUCACUCUCAAAACUCUUGCAGCAGUGACAGCCGGUGAUGAAGUUGCGAACAAUGAACGGAUGAGCGAGUGAUCCUCACGCUCGACCACAACAACAACUGCACCGGCACUGAAUGAGCCCCGCAUUUGUGCGUGUGGGGAUGAGGAGCAGGAGGAGGCGGUGACUCCUAACACUCGCGCCAGAUGGCAGAGCGUGUGGCACCCGUUCACUGCAUUGGUGCUCGCAUCCCGUUCACAGCCUUGCAGAGCCGGUGGUAGGAAUUACACUUUGCUGUGGCCGAGGGCAACAACCUCCGUCGAUCUUCCCCACAACGUGGCGCUCGUUUUAUCGACUGCACAGAGCUGUGAUGGGGCCCCAAGUCAACCCCACCCCCAACCUCCGUCUAGAUCGUGAACUCACAGCCGUCCACUCGCUCCAGCCUGGCUCCAGCCUGGCUCCAGCCUGGCUCCAGCCUGGCUCCAGCCUGGCUCCAGCCUGGCUCCAGCCUGGCUCCAGCCUGGCUCCAGCCUGGCUCCAGCCUGGCUCCAGCCUGGCUCCAGCCUGGCUCCAGCCUGGCUCCACCGCUGAGCCUCGCGAACUGGGCGGGCGCCGGGACAGAACAGCACGGAGCGAACGCUGCGCAGUGGGGUAAAGUGUGGGUACACGCACCUCUUCUAAGACUUGCAGCUAGCAUGGGAGAGAAGGCCUACGUACCAGAGCUGUUUACCAGGGACCAGGUUACCACCCGGUGGGGGCAGCUUACCAUCUGGUGGGGCCGUGUAUGCGGCACGUGGUGAAUGAAGCUACCACGGUUACGAAGUGGGACAGACCUUAAACUAAACUAAGCUCUUUGGUUCUUUUGGUAAAGUCACGUAAGAGAUUAGUAUGGCAAUCUCUUACAUUUACGUACAAAUUUCUUCUCUAGCUCCGCCCACUUACCCUUGGGUUGCACCCACCAAAAGCUUUUAUAAACUCUUGUUGCAGCAGCUCUUUCUCCUACGUCAGCAGUUCCCCUGCUUUUUUGUCUCACCUGAUGACGGUUGCUUGUGUUGCGAUCUAAACGUCGUGAUCUAUUAAUUUUCUAUCUACGUGACUUUACCAAAAUAACCAAAGAGUAUGGAUUCCUGCAGUCACAAAAGCUUCAAAUUAAAUUAAACUAAGCUCUUUUACAUUUUACCAGGUAAAGUCCCACUGAGCUAUGUAGCUCUUUUAGAAGCCACCUGGAUAUCCGAAAUAUGAUAAGCUCGACGAAGUGGCUUAUCAUCACGUGGAAAUUUAUAGCGGCCAAAGACUAUAAACACACGUUGAUUCUAAACGUAGAGGGAAAAUCUGGAGGACCCGAAGAAAAAUCCACGCGACAAUGGGGAGAGACACGUGCAAACUCCAAAUAUACAGUAGGCGUCCAGGGUCGGGAUCGAACCCACAACCUUCUUCAUACCAGGCGAGGUAGUUGGCAUCUCCUAGCCACGGCACGCCAGGUGGAUGCGUGAUCUCUGAGUGGAUGUGAAAAUAAUCGUCAUCAUCAUAUUCGUUGUUAUUGUUGUCUUCAUCAUCGUCGUCGUCAUCAUCGUCAUCGUGGCGUGGGGUGGUUGGGAAUGUAAGCAACAAUAACAACACAAACACGCAGGCGAUUCCUCCUCCUCCCCCCCGUGCGUGGAAUAACGCUUUCCCUUACCCCGAUUGGGCCGCCACGGGCCUUCUGCGAGGGCGAGCGGUGAAUCUCCCCAUGCGUCCCCGAGAGUCCCCACGUGCCCUGCCUUGCCCAACACACUUCCACGUUCCCUGCCUUGCCCACACACACUCCCACAUUCCCUGCCUUGCCAACACACUCCCACGUGCCCUGCCUUGCCCACACACAUUCCCACAUACCACGCCUUGCCCACACACACUCUCCACGUGCCCUGCCUUGCUAACAUACUCCCACGUGCCCUGCUUUGUCCACACACACUCCCACAUACCACGCCUUGCCCACACACACUCCCACGUGCCCUGCCUUGCCCACACACACUCCCACGUGCCCUGCUUUGUCCACACACACUCCCACAUACCAUGCCUUGCCCACACACUCCCAAAUGCCCUGCCUUGCCCACACACACUCCCACAUGCCCUGCGUUGCCCACACACUCCUGGGGGGCACCAUCGCUCGGGGAGAGCGGCGCCCGUCCCGUGGCAGUCUCGACAGUGUGAUUUCUUUUGCAGAGCUGGAAAUCGGUAAAAGCUAAAGUGCGAGACCAGAUUUAAUUUUGAGUUUCUUGCGUGUUUGUGCCGUCAUUUGUGACCAGACCAUCAACUCGCUUACACUGUGAGUGUGGACGUUAAUACGCGAGUAUGAGUCUCUAUGUGAGUCUAUGGGUUUCCAUGUGAGUCUAUCGGUCUCUUUGUGAGUCUAUCGGUCUCUUUGUGAGUCUAUCAGUCUCUUUGUGAGUCCUUGGCUCUCUGUUUGAGUCUAUGGCUCUCUGUGUGAGUCUAUGGCUCUCUUUGUGAGUAUAUGGGCGUGUGUGUGAUUCUAUGCGAGUCCCAGACCCCGGUUUAAUUGUCGUGGGUUGGGGCUCUAUCCUGGUGUGGAAUCUAGGCUCUCGGCCAUGCCGGCUCCGCGUCAUUAUUAAACUAUAAACUAUUUUUAUUUUACCAGGUAAGGCCGACUGAGCUAUGUAGCUUUUUUUCAGAAGCGACAUGGCGAUCAAAAAUCAUAGCCAAACGAAGUGGCUUAUCAUUGUGUGGAAUUUUACAGCAGCCAAAUACUCGAAACCACGUGACGUUGAUUCUAUAUAUGGAGGGAAAAACUGGAAGACCCGUAGAAAAAUCCACGCAACCACGGGGAGAGAGACGCACACAAACUCCAAAUAUACAGCAGGCAUCAGGGUCGGGAUCUAUUGCACUACCUCUUGCAUACCAGUCGAGGUAGUCGGCAUCUCCUUGCCAUUGUGGCAUAGCUGCCCUGGGAGCCACGGCUCAGCCGCGCACACCGGCUAUGCUGCCGGACGCCAUGAACCUCCCGCUUCCUCGUGAACACGCAUCGCGCGUGUACGACUCUUGGAACCCCCCUUAUUGCUGGAAUUCUCAAACCCGUCGAAUGUGAGAGUGAAUCCCCGGGGAGAGUAUGUGGACGCGAGCGGCCGGGAGUCUCUGUACGGGUAGGCGGAGAGUCGGGCCGGCGCCUGUAAUCCUCUGGUGCUGCUGUGUGGAACCUUACUGCAGGAGACCACACAGGUCUCGUGAUAAUAAAACUAGGCUGACCGAUGACACAUGUCCACGAUUUUGGUCUGGAGUAACCUGCGUGUAAGGA